AUGGAAGGAGGCGAAGACAAAAUGCGUCAGGCUUACGAUGUUUUAUCGGACGAAGAAAAGAGAAGAGAUUACGAUAGUGGAGGGUCGGGUCGUGAUAUUAACGAUAUUAAUGAAUACCGGGCGGAGGUUAUUGCCGACAUUGAACAAAUUAUAAGCGAAAAAAAUUUGACGGCGCAAGAUUUAGCAAAUUGCAAUAUGUCACCUAAUUGGAAAGAAAUUGUUAAUGCUACUGAGGGUCGAGACAAUAUUGGACAACACUUAAUAACUUUCUCUCUUUCGGCCAGAAUAGUAGAAGAACAAAAAAAGUUAAAUCCGUGGGCAUGGAAUGAAAAUUGCUUAAUUAGUCUCCAAAAAGAAAAUACUCGACUUCAUUCAGAAAAUUUUAUAGAUUAUUUGCGACAAGUUUGUGAAAAAAUUCCCUGUAUUUUGGCGGACUUAAACAAAAUUUAUUUUACUUCUCUUCCGAGCGGGCAAACCGGAUUACGAGUUAGUUUGGCUUUUUUGGCUACUUUACAAGUUCUUAGUCCCCAAGUCCAAAUAUAUCAUAUCAACACUCUACUAUUACAGGCCGGAAAGGAAAAAUGUCUUAGUUUGUUAACUAUUGACCGUCAAGCCAGUAAAUAUCAUUUGGCCGUCUAUCAAGACCAGAAAAAUUUAAUCGCUUCCGCCGUUAUUACCAAAAAAAAAUUGGACGAAUUAAAUCAACAAUUCCCUAAUUUUCCUACUCUCCAAGAUUUUAGCGAAAUUGAUUUUUUACCUCGUUUCCAACAACUAAAAAGCAGUUUUGUUUUGGUAGAAAAAAUUAAGGAAAUUGAAGUCUCUUAA